CAUUAUUGCAGAGUGAGCCCUCUUUUUUAUUUAUUUAUUUCUUUCCUUCUUUUUUUCCAAAACGCGGUUUUUGAAAGCAGAGAGAGGUAGUUUGAGAGAGAGAGAGAGAGAGACGCCGGAGAUAAUAGAGAAGGAAAUGGAAUCUCCGUCGUCAUCGGCGACGCGCGUGACGGCGCGAUCGUCGGUGAUGGACUCGAUCAGGGGGUGCAGCCUAUCGGGGAUUCGGAUUGACAAGGAGGAUUUGAAGAAGAAGCUGCUGAUGCCGACCUACAUACGCUUCGCCAUGAGGGAUUCGAUCAGGUUGAAGGACCGGACCGCCGGAGAGAGCCGGCUUCCCGGAAGCAGAGACCUCGUCGCCGUUCCCUCCGACGGCAAUGGCGAGGAGUCGUCGGCGCCGGAGAUGCCUAUGGUUGUGUUUAUUAAUCCGAAGAGCGGUGGCAGACACGGACCUAUGCUUAAGGAGAGGCUCCAGCUGCUCAUGGGCGAAGAGCAGGUUUUUGACCUCUCAGAUGUGCAGCCUCAUGAAUUUGUUCAGUAUGGAUUGGGUUGUCUUGAGCGGUUUGCGGAACUUGGUGACAAGUGUGCAAAAGAGUGUCGUCAAAAGAUCAGGGUUAUGGUUGCAGGGGGUGAUGGGACAGUUGGUUGGGUGCUAGGUUGUCUAUCUGAGCUUCAGAAGCAGGGCAGGGAACCAGUUCCUCCAGUAGGAAUUAUUCCACUUGGAACGGGAAAUGAUCUGUCUAGGAGUUUUGGUUGGGGUGGCUCAUUCCCUUUCGCCUGGAAAUCAGCCAUAAAAAAAACUCUUUUCAGAGCUACUACAGGUCCUCUUUGUCGUUUGGAUAGUUGGAAUAUUCUAAUACAAAUGCCAGAUGGUGCAGUUUUGGAACCACCUCAUUCUUUGAAGCUUGCCGACGAGUGCACUCUUGAUGAGGUUGUAAAUCCGGGUUUGGAAAUUCAAGGGCGGUUGCCUGAGAAACGGACUUGCUACGAAGGAGUGUUUUAUAAUUACUUUAGCAUAGGGAUGGAUGCCAAAGUAGCUUAUGGAUUCCACCAUCUAAGAAACGAGAAACCCUAUCUUGCACAAGGUCCAAUUUCAAAUAAGUUGGUUUACUCUGGUUACAGUUGCACACAAGGCUGGUUCUUCACACCUUGCACAAGUAAUCCAAGUUUAAGGGGACUAAAGAAUAUCCUAAGGAUGCAUGUUAAAAAGGUUAAUUGCUCAGAAUGGGAGCAGAUUCCAGUGCCGUCAAGUGUAAGGGCAAUUGUUGCUCUGAAUCUUCAUAACUAUGGGAGCGGAAGAAACCCAUGGGGUAAUCUGAAGCCUGAUUACUUGGAAAAGAAAGGCUUUGUGGAGGCCCAUGCUGAUGAUGGUCUUCUAGAAAUUUUUGGCCUGAAACAAGGAUGGCAUGCAUCAUUUGUUAUGGUUGAACUCAUCUCUGCCAAACAUAUUGCCCAGGCUGCUGCAAUUCGGUUGGAAGUUAGAGGUGGGGAAUGGAGAAAUGCAUAUAUGCAAAUGGAUGGGGAGCCAUGGAAGCAGCCAAUGGACGAGGAAUUUUCAACGCUUGUGGAAAUUAAGAGGGUUCCUUAUCAAUCACCGAUGAUUAGUGGAGACUAAUUCUUACUUGGGUGCUGGCGUUUCUUACGGCUGUGAAGUAUGUGAAGAGGAUUUAUCCACCCAAGUGCUUGUAAAUUGUAUCCAUAUGCCUAUAUUUCUUGGUAUCAAAGCAUUGGUUUGUUAUCAAAUUCGUUGGUUAGUUAAAAUCGCCAUUGUAUUUUCUAGACCUUUGUUAGGUACUGUUUUCCAGAUUUAUUAGUUCGGCACGAAUAAGUUAUUAAGAUGUAACAACUAGCAUAAAUGAUACAUUCGCCAGAAAAAUUGGUAGUGAUGCAAUGUAUAUAGUAUAUACAACAUCAAACGGGAUUAAUUGAGUGUGGUAUUGCGUUCUUUUUUUCCCCA